AUGAAUCUUCCCGCGCCGGAAGCGGCGGAGGAAGAUCGCGCGGGAGGCUUCUCCGCGCAUCCGCUUCCGCAGGGAGUUUCCGCCGCUCCGCCAGCCAGUUCCGCGCAGCCUAUCAUGGCCAAUGCGUCAUCCACGCAAACUGCGCUCGCGCAGGCGCCGUUCCCCGCGCAGCCUCCCCCGUCCGCCGUUGCGCCGUAUGCUGUUCGACCGUCCGCGUAUCCCGCAUCAGCAGCCACCCCGCUGCUUUCCAUCCCCGCAUCCUUUCCGUCCGCUUACGGUGCGCAAUCCGCUUCCGCCGGUUCCGCUCUCCCCCUAUCUGCUAACCUAGUUCGUUCCCCACAACCCCCUUUCCCCCUUGCUUUCCCCUCUACCUCCGCUCCGCUUAGCUCCGCGCCUUCCCCCUUCCCCAUGCAUUCUGGCUUCCCCCCCGCCUUUCAGCAAGCGGGAACGCUGGUGCCGAGCCAAGCGCCGAACCAGCUGCCAAGCCAGCCCAUGGCUCGGCCGCAUUAUGCCCCUGUGGUAGGCCAAUCAGGGCAGUCCACGUCAGCAGGACAGUCCACGGCGAUACCUCUGCUAGGCCAAGGAUUGGUUCCUCUUCCUUUUCCGAGCACUGUAGCAGCCGGCACUGUAACGCACAGUGCUGUAGCACCGGUCGUAGCUGCUCCUACCUCUGCUGCUACAACUGGUCUUCUCUGCAUGCCCUCUGCUGCACCAGCAGCAGCACCACCACCAGCAGCAGCUGCGAGCAAGCCAGCAGCAGCGUUUGCAGGGCUGGAUCUAAACGCCUGUCCAGAUGAUGCCACUUCCCUCUCCUCGCCCACCUCCCUCACUGCACCCGCUGCUGCCAGUGCGGAUGCACCUGCUGCUACAGCUGCCGCCACAGGCCCUGCUGUUACAGCCGGUCCUGCUGCGGCCGUUCCGCAAACGUCUCCUGGGUUUGCACCUGGGAUGGGGGGAGGGGUGCGAGGUCCCAUGGGGCUGGUGCUGCCGCCUCAGUACAACGUUCCCCCCUUGGGAACUGGCGCUCACUAUAGCAAUGCUAUGGCAGCAGCAACAGCAGCAGCAGCAGCAGCAGCGCCCAUGACAGGAGCACCACAGUACAGCGUUCCAAUGGGCCCAGGCGUGCCUGUGACUGCGCCCCAUCCCAUGGCCUCCCAAUUCGCUCCACCACCCCAUACCGCCCCCCACGUGCCUUCACCACUCCUUACCACGCCCCACGUGCCUGCACCACUCCAUACCACGAGUCACUCAGCUGCGGCACACUCACACGCUCACCACAUCCGCUCAGGCCCGCCCCAUCUGCUCUCCAUGCCGCCCGCACUGCAUGCUGUGCCGCCCGUGACUGCCGCCCUUGCUCCCCCUGCCACCCUUGCUCCACCUGCUGCCCCUGCUGCUGCUCCCGCUGCUGUUCAAUCCGCAGCCACUGCUGGUGCUGGUGGCGGAAGCAGCGGUGGUGGUGGUGGUGCUGCUGCUGCUAGUGGUGGUGGUGGUGCUGCUAGUGGCGGUGGCGGUGGUUUCGGGUUUGAGUUGGAUCUGAACGCGCCAUUGGACGAGGAUGAAGGUGAUGCUCAAGGUCAGAAUGACGGCCAAUUUGAUGGUCAGCUUGACGCUCAGUUUGAUGCUAAAGCACGGGGUGAAGCGGAGGAUGAAAGAAAAGUAAAAAUUGGACGUGAACGUGUAGAUGGUGGAGCUGACUCAGCGCAAGGUGGUGCUGACUCAGCGCGAGGUGGUGCUGACUCAGUGCGAAGCGGUGCUGACUCAGGCCGGGACCACAGCACGGUCACUGAUGCGAGCGGUGCUGCUCUGAGUGGUGGGGGCGAGAGAGGGGUGGGAGGAGGAGGAGGGAAGGUGGAAGACGAGGGUGGGGCAGAGGGGAAGGGCGUGGGGAAGGGCGUGGGGAAGGGCGUGGGGAAGGAAUCAAGUAGUCCUAGGAGGGAUUUCCUGCACGAUCUCAAUAUGACUCAGGAGGAGGGGGAGGUGGGGCAGGAGGAAGGCGAGAUGGCGCAGGAAGAGGGGCAGGCGGGGUUGGAAGAGGGGCAGGCGGGGUUGGAAGAGGGGCAGGCGGGGUUGGAAGAGGGGCAGGCGGGGUUGGAAGAGGGGCAGGCGGGGUUGGAAGAGGGGCAGGCGGGGUUGGAAGAGGGGCAGGCGGGGUUGGAAGAGGGGCAGGCGGGGUUGGAAGAGGGCAGCGAGAGAGGGAUGGCGGGUGGGCAGGGAAGGGGAGAUGAUGGGAGAAGGAAGGGGUUUAUGGUAGAUAUGAAUAUGGCUCUGGAUGGGGGGGAGGGUGGGGAGGAAGGGAGUGUGGGGGGAGUGGCAGGGAGUGAGGGGGUGGAGAGUGAGGGUAUGGAGAGUGAGAAGGUGGAGAGUGUGGGGGUACCUGGUGGAAAUGAAGGAGGGGACUGGGAAGUUAGGGCAGAUAAUGCAGAGGCAGGGGUUAAUGUGGGGCUACAGGGGGGGUUUUCACAGGGGGCAGCAGAUGUAGGCAUGAAGGGAGACAAGCAGGGGGACACGGAAGGGGAAAAGCAGGGAGGUGCAGAGGGGGACGCAGGGGCAAUCAGAGGGGCGGUGCUUGUGGCAGGGAGAGACAGGCAGGGGAAUGCAGAAGGGGUAAAGCAGGGAGGGACAGAAGGGGAGGAGGGAGACGCAGUUGCAAGUGCGGAGGUUGGGGGAGGGAAGAGGUCGAAGAGAGGCGCAGGAGAGGGGGAAACGGGGGGUAGGGAGGGGAGAGAGGGGAAGGAGAAGGGGAAGAGGAGGAGGAAGGAGGGGCGAUUGGCAACAGUGCCAGGGGAAGCUGGUACUGGCGGUGGUAGGGAGGCAGGUGGUAGGGACGUUGCUGGAAAGGGGACUGAUACUGAUGGUGGGAAGACGGGAGUGCGAGGAGAGGGAGGGGCAGGGGUAACCGGUGGUGUGGGUGGUGUGCCAGGAGCAGGAGUGGGAGGAGUGUCAUGCCACAACAUUGCGGGGGGCUUCUUUAACGAGGUGACUUUUGAGUUGACUCAAGAGCCACCCCGUUACGCCACUCUGUCAUGUUACACCAUUACAUGGAGCUUCUUCAACUUCCCCUUCACGAUCUUCCUUCCACCCUGCAGCUGCUUUUCCUUCUUGCUUCUUCCCAUCUCUCCCCAUCUCUCCCCACAUCUUCCCACCUCUCUCCACGUCUUCCCACCUCUUCACAUGUCCUUCCCACCACUCCCCACCCCCUCAGGGCUGGACCUGCACGAUCUAGUCUGGACUCGACCUGCUCGACCUGGGCUGGACCUGCACGAUCUAGUCUGGUCGGCCCACGCUCACAGCGACCUGCCUUCUCUCGACGCGCUGCUCGCCCAGACCAUCGCUCUGUGCCAUCGCCACAUGGCCUUCCACCUCAUCUCCCCUCCCCUCUUCCCUUCCCCCCAGGACUCGACCUGCUCGACCUGGUAUGGUCGGCCCACGCUCGAAACGACCUGCCUUCUCUCGACGCCCUGCUCGCCCAGACCAUCGCCCUGGCUCGAUCUCCUUGACCUGGUCUGGUCGGCCCAUGCUCGAAACGAUCAAUCUUCUCUCGACGCCCUUCUCGCCCAGACCAUCGCCCUCUGUCAUCGCUACAUGGCCUUCCACGCCGCUGCUGUCACUGCUGGCCCCUCCUCGCUCUCCCUCGCACACGCCUCCCCCGCCGCCACCGCUGCUGCGCUUGCAUCGGCCCGCUACCACUACUGCUCGCUCGCGUUUGUUUCCAAAAAGAUUCCCGAAGCCUUUGGUCUGCGGCGCACCAGAGAGGCCUAUCUCAGCGAUGCCUUGUGGCCCACGUCACUGGGUGGACCUGGAUACAUGCAGGGACUUUGUCUCUGCCGUCUCUGCCUGCCUCACUCCCUUGUUAGCAGCAUCUCAAAACCCCUGUCCCCCUGCCUGCCCUUCUUUCCCCUAUCCUCUCAGGCCUAUCUCAGCGAUGCGUGUGGCCCACGGCACUGGGUGGACCUGGAUACAUGCAGGGACUUCGCCUAUCUCAGCGAUGCCUGUGGCCCGCGGCACUGGGUAGACCUGGACACCUGCAGGGACUUUGUCUCGGCCAUCUCUGCCUGCCUGCCUCACUCCCUCGUCGCUCCCCCGCCUGCCCUGCUCCGCCCUCCUGCUGCCGCCCCACCUGCUGCUGCUGCUCGUGCUGCCACUGCUGCUGGUCCUGGUGGUGGUGCUGCUUCUAGGAUUUCGGCUGCAGCAGCAUCAGCGUCUGCUGCAGCUGAUUCGGCAGACUCCGGGGGGAGAGGGGUGAAGGGGAGGGCAGGAGCAGGGGGCCCUCCUCGCUCCCCUGCUGUCAGCACCAGCAGCGUUGGCGGGGGGAGCGUGAGCGGUGGUGCUGCUGCGAAGAAAGGGGCGUCAGACACUGCCACGUCAUCAGAGAGGCUCGGAAGCGCCGGCCUGGAUCGGUUUGGAGGUUCGGAAACCGAAGCUGAGAUAGAGCGGCUGUUUGUGGGCAGCAUUCAGCGGAUGGUCAGCUCCGGCAGCAGCCGGGAGAAUCCAAGGCACCUCAUCAGGCUGCUGGUGCUGGGUGCGGGAUACCCUCUAGUGAGAGUGCAAGCGGCCUCUCUCCUCCCACCCUGGCUCUCCUCCACUGUGCACGCCCGCUCUGCCCGCCUGCUGCUGGAGCGAGUGAUAGCUCUCACACGUGGCACCACCGCUGCUGACUGGCGCACAUUAGAGCACCUGCUGAGCAUCAAGGCAAAGGGGUCGCAGCACGGGAGGCAGCACAUUGCCGAUGGAGAUAGUGGCUUAAAUCACCUUCUGCUGUGGGAGAUUCGAAAGGAGUCACCCCACCACAUGCGAGUGCUGGCAGCAGCAGUCAGGGCCAUGGCUGGGGGAGAAGGGGAGGGCACGAAGAUUGCUUCAUGUACCUCACAUGCCACUCCGUCUGCUCCCUCUCUCAUCCCUCCCAGACCCUUCUGCUGUGGGAGGAGUUCUCAGUGGAUCCGACACUCAACCCGCACCUCCCAUCCCUCUUGUCUCAAGAAUCCCUUCCCUCACGAGUUCUCAGUGGAUCCAACGCUCAACCCGCACCUCCCAGCCCUCGCAACCAAGCUCCUGCGUGCUCUCGCUGGUCUCAUAAAGCCCCUCCACCUGUGUCGCCAGCUCUUCCACCCCUUGCCACUCGCAGCCUCAGCGCUGCCAGAGAGCCACCUCGUGCCGGCUUACUGUCGCCUUGCAUCGCUCACCGAGGCAGUGACCUGGUGUGCCACAGUGGUGGCAGCAGACUGCAGCAUCCUCUGCCCCUCGCACCUGCCCUCUGCACCUGCCGCUCAGAAGCAGCAGCAACAGCAAGGAGUGAAGCAGGAAGAAGGAGAGGCAGUAGGAGCAGGGGCAGGGGCAAGGGAAGGGGCGAUGGGUACGAGUCAAAUGGUUGCGGAGGGCAUGGGUGUGUCCAUCUUCGAUCUGCUGCGCUGUGUGCUCUUCUUUGACCCCAUCCCGGAAACUUCGUGGAAAGCGCCCAAGAGAGAGGAGGGCAGUGCAGGGCCAAGGGAUGGUGGAGAGGAAGGGGGGACGGUUGGUGGAGGGGACGUGGAGGAAACGGAGGAGGAGGAGGGGGUGAGAGUGGUGGAGACGUGGGGAUUGCCAGUGCUGGAAGAAACUCUAGCGCGAGUCAUCCUGUUGGGAAUAUCUUCCCCAGGCCCGGGUCAAGAUGCGGCCAUGCAAAUGCUGCUGCACUUGCUGGUGCGAGCUGCUACAGUGCCCUCCCUCUGGGCGGGAAGGCUUGUCGUUUCUGGCCCUCAGCUCUCAGCAGCGAUUUUCAAGCUUGCAUCAGUGGUCCUCCCACGGCCUCUCCUCGCCCUCCACCCCCCACCACCCAAGCUGCUCGCUGCUCGCCGCUUCUGGCAGGCCUGCUGUGCCGCCGUCCUCAUCACUGCCCUCUCCGCCUCGCCCCCCUCCCCGCCCUCUCCUCUGCCUCCCUCUCAUCACCCUUCCUCUGCUCCUCCUCCUCCUGCUGCGCCCUCUUCAAGUGGCGGCAGUGGCACUGGUGGCUGCUUCCCAUCGUGCCAGUCACCAACGGUGCAGCGCAUGCUCGAAGCACUCUUCAUGCACCAUGUGCCAUCUGUCACCGAAUCACAGCAUGCCACGUGGCAGAGGCAAGCCGAGCAGGACACCCAGGCCUCAGCCCUCCUGCGUCGUCUGCUCUCCUCCUCCCCACCGCCUCCCAUCAAGCAAGAAUGGCACGAAACUGCUGGUCUGGGAUCAGGCGCAGCAGCAGCAGGGGAAGCAGAGGGUGGGGGCAACAGGGCGGGGGCAGCAGCAGCAACAGGAGGCUUGGCGGAGGUGCCUGCAUGGCUGGAGGCGGAGAUGGGGGAGGAGCUGCUGCUGCAGGAGGGGGAGGGGGAGGGGGAGGGCGCGGGGGAACGGGGAAGCGGGAGGCAGGGAGAGGCAGGGGAAAGAAGGCUCAGGGCCGGUUCGCUCUCUUUCCCUCCACCCUGCCACCCCUACCAGGGUGGAGUGGCGGCCUCCUGGUCAUGGCUGCACGGCUUCCUCUCGAGCAACCCGGCAGUGGUGGCUCAUCUGGCCCCCACCAAUCAGUGCGCCAUACUCUACCAGCAGUGGCGCUGGGAGGAUGCGUCCCUUCCCCACUCCGCCCCUCCGCCUCUCUCCCCCUCCCACACGCGAAGCACGGUACAGUUGCUGCAAGCCGCUGUUGCGAGGGAGGUGAGGGAAAGAGGAAAGGCCGAUGGGGCAAUACACGAAGGGGGGAGAGAGAGAGCCGAGGCAGAGGAGGCAGCAGGAGGAAGAGCCGGGGGGGGUGAAUCAACCAAGGGAGGUGCAGUGGUGGGUAUCGUGGGGUUGCUUGCAGGCAAGCUGGCCUCUCGGGUUGAGUCCAAACGCGCGAGCAGCAGACGGUGCUUGGCUGCUAUCUUCUCCCCUGACCUGCUGCUGCUGCUGGCCCCGGAAUCAGCAGGAGAAGCAGAAGCAGCAGCAGCAGCAGGAGCAGCACCAGCAGCAGUUGCAGCAAAAUUGGAACCUGCUGCAGCCUUACCAGCAGAAGGAGCACUAGUGAAGAAUUCAGGGGGUGGGCUUUAUGUGGGAUGGCUGGAGGUGAUAAACCAGCUGCCCAUGGCAUGGGAUGCUGCGCGCCUGCUGCUGCCUGCAGUGUGCCGUGCUGUGAUGCGAGAAACUCACACCCCCACGAUUCUUGCCUACAUAUCUUACCUGCACUUCUGGUACCGCCAGCAGCAGAGCAACCAAGCUUGCAGGCAGCAACAGGGAGAGGCGACGAGUGUUGGCAGUGGGGAGGUGGAGGAGAAGCGAGGGGAUCGGAAGGUGGGGGUGAGUGAAAAGAUGGGGGAGGAGGAGGUGCGCGAGAAGGGAGAAGAGGAGGAGAAAGGGAAGGGGGGAGAGGAGGGAAAAGAGGAGGGAGAGGAGGGAAAAGAGGAAGUAGAGAGAAAAGAGAAGGGAGAGGAGGAAAACGAGAAGGGAGAAAGUGAGGGAAAGGAGAAGGGAGGGGGUGCGAAAGGAGGGGAGGAGGGAGGGGAUGGUGGAAGAGAGGAGAAAGGAGGGGAGGAGGUGGACGAAGAGCAUGAGCGUGAGAAGGAGAGUGCGAAGGAGAGUGAGAAGGAGAGUGCGAAGGAGAGUGAGAAGGAGAGUGCGAAGGAGAGUGAGAAGGAGGGUGAGAAGGAGGGUGAGAAGGAGAGUGCGAAGGAGAGUGAGAAGGAGGGUGAGAAGGAGAGUGAGAAGGAGAGUGAGAAGGAGGGUGAGAAGGAGGGUGAGAAGGAGGGUGAGAAGGAGGGUGAGGAGGGUGAGGAGGAAGGUGAGAAGGAAGGUGAGGGGGCGAAGCAGCGGGUAGGCACAAGGGUUGAGGAGCAAGCAACCACCCAACCACCAGCUGCUCGUGCUCCGCUCGUUGCCACCCCUCCCCCCGUCUCGUCACCUUUUGAGGCGCCUCAAAAGAAAGCAACCACCCAACCACCAGCUGCUCGUGCUCCCCAUGGGGGAAGGGCAAGGGAGAAGGGUGGAGAAGGGGGAAGGGCAGAAGGGGCGGAAGAGAAUGCAGUGGGUGUGAUGGGGGGAAGAGAUGGCGGAAGGAGAGAGGACGAAGAUGUGGAGAUGGCAGAUGCUGGGGGUGAGGGAAGUGAGGGCGAUGUUGGGGAGAUGGGUGAAAGGAGCAUAAAAGGAGGAGGAGGCGAAGAGGGAAAGCAGAGGGCGGGGGAGGAGUUGGGGGGUAAGGGGAAGAAGGUGCAGAGUGAGGGGGAAGGGGAGAACGGGGAGGAGGAGGGGAAGGGGGGAACAAAAGGGGAAGAUGGGGGGAAAGAGGAGGAGGAAGGGGAAGAGGCUUUAGAACGCCCUCCCUGGUCGCCUGUGGGGAGCCAUGGGGAGGAUGGGGUUGAAGGGGGGAAUGGGGGGGAUGAGGGGGAAGAGAUGGAGGAAGGAGAGAGGGAAGGUGGGCAGGAGACGGGGGAGAAGAGGGAUGGGGAGGGUGGGGUGGGAGAUGGAGCAGAGGCAAUGAAAGUGGAAGGAGAGGCAGAAGGGGGAGGUGGGGAUGGUGGGGAUGGUGGGGGCAGUGAGGAUAAGGAGGCUCUGGAGGGAGGGAUUUCAGGGGGGAUGAGGGAGGAGAUGAGGGAUGGGAUGGGGAAGGAUAUGGGAACGGGGAUGGGAGCGGGGGUAUGGGGGCGGAUAAGGGAGGGAAGGAGGGCUGACGGUGAGGAGAGGGUUCUCUUCGCCCCCGCUGCUGCUGCGCUCACAGACGGCACAGAUGCAUCUGCUGCACUCCGUCCUGCCACUCCUGGGCUUGUCCUUGUUCCCCUGGUGGUGGUGCGGGCAGACGGCACAGAUGCAUCUGCUGCACUCCGUCCUGCCACUCCUGGGCUUGUCCUUGUUCCCCUGGUGGUGGUGCGGGCAGCUGUGGACGUGCUCUUGCUGCUCUCCUCCCUCCCUGCUCUCUCAUUACCCCCCACCACAACAACGGCUCUCCCUGCUCCUCCUGCUGCUCCCAGCACGAGUGCUAACGCUCCUGCUCUGCCUCUCGCCUCCGACGCUGCAAUGCUGCCAGGUGCAGUGCUGCAAGCAAGGAGCGCGUAUCAAUGGCUCAACCGACUGCUCUUCUUGGAUCCUAUCACUCCCGCCUCUGCUCUUGCUGCUGCUGCUGCUGCUGCUGCUGCUGCUGCUGCUGCUGCUGCUGCUGCUGCUGCUGCUGCUGCUUUGCCUCCGUCUGUAGCAACUGCAGCAGCAGCUUCAGCCUACUGCUCUGAGGAAGGGGAGAUGGCGGAGCGAGGGGAGGAGAUGGUGGGAAUAGGAGAGGAGGUGUGCCUUGUAACGAAGGAGCAGGUGCUGCUGCUUGGUGAAGGAUGGGGAGUGGAGGGGCAAGAUGGUCGGGAUAAAGUGGGCGAAGGAGAUGGUAUCGGUGGAGCAGGAGGACGAGAUGGGAACCAGGCCCGGCACUGGGAGGGAAGGAAGCUGGGGGAAGGAGGAGAGUGGAGCCGGUGUGUUGGCCUGGGAGGCUUGAUGGGGGUGUUGGAAAGCAUAGUAGGGCUGGAGGAGGGGGAUGAUGGGGAAAGGGCUGAAGAGGAAAAAGGGUUUGAAGUCGCAGCAGCAGGCGAGACGAGUGGGGCGGAUGGGAGGGAGGCGGAAGCAGUGGGCAGUGGGGAAGAGGAGAAGCGUGGACAGCACAAGCAGGGCCACGCAGGGCAGUUGGGGCAGGAGGAGCAGGAGGAGCAGGAGGAGGAGACAGCAGAGCAAGAUAACUUGCAGCGAGGCAAGGCGAAUGGCACGCUCCCAACAGCAGAGGACGAGGCGAAGGCUGUAGCUGCUCUGGAAGCACUACUGCUGCUCGACCCCUCCGCUUCCCACCCCAGCUUCCGCUCCUUCCUCUCUCUCACCCACAAGGAUGUGAGGGGGUUGGAAGGUGGGGAUGAGGUGUGGAGUGUGUGGGCUGUUCGGGAGUCGGCGCAAGCAGCUCUCGGGUUCAUUGCAAGUGCUCUAGAGAGAGGUGGGAGUUGUGAUGAUCAAAUCAGCGAGAUUGCUACGGUGCGAUCUCAGCCGUCCGUUUUCGUUUUGACAAUUAAGGAAGCAGCGGGGCUCGCUCAGAUGGCUGCCACUGAGCUGGCAGCUUCUGAUUGGCUGACUGGGCAUGCCGUCUGUCAAAAGGAGGCGCCAAAGCAGCAAGCAGGGGGAAGCAGUGGAGAUGGAGGAGGAAUGUGGGGAGUGUGGAGAGGUGUGGGCUUUAGAGAGGGGGAAGGGGAGGUGGAGGAGGAGAGGGAGCAGGAGGAGGAGAGGAGGCGAGCGGAUGAAAGGGAGGUGGUGCUGGUGCAGGUGUUGACAAGAGUAGGUGUCGACUCACUCAGCAGCAGCACAACCACCGGCAGCACAAACAAGACCAGCGUUUCAUGGCAGAAGCUGCAUGGAAGCUUCUCGCAGGCCUCUACUGCACAGCGCCAGACGCACUUUCCAGGCACCUUCCUGAGCCGCGGGCCGGUUGGAAGGGACGUGUGGCCUCCCGACCUCAUUCCUCUGGUGACCUGUUCGUCUCAGUCACUCAAGUCAGCAGCAGUCAACGCCUUCUCAUCCGCCCUCGUGCUGCUCUCAGCCAUCCAACCCUCACUGCUCGCACUCUACAAUGGUCCCUCCCCCUCCACCACCACCACCACUGCCACCACCACUGCCACCGCCGGCGCCACCAGCAGCAGCAGCAGCGAUGUAUUGGCAGUGUGUGUGCAGCCAUACUUGGACCUGCUGCUGACGCUGAGACUAAGAGACAAGCCCACUGUGGUGAGACUCGUGGCGCAGCUCUCUGACUUUCUCCUCCGCUGCUGCUCCCACUCUGCGGCUGCUGACAUGCAUGCACACGUGCACAUGGGUAUGCAUGCGUCACAUGGUGCCAUGCAUGCACAAGCGCACACGGCUCCACAUGGUCCCAUGCGUGCUGACACUCAGACGCAUGAGACAGGCACAACAAAUAUCUCGCAACAAGCAGGCUCCCAACUCAGGAGCCUAGAGCUAGUGCGGGCACACAGGGGCGGGGCGUUGACGCACGCAGCAAAGCACUUUGGCAAGGUGAAGAAGCUGAAGCUGCUGCUGGCAACGCUGGAUGCUGGAGGCAAACCCACUGUGGAAGGAGAAGGUGCAGGAGAGGAAGGGGACCAGUCGCUGGGGAAAUG